CGCCCUACGCCCGCCCGGCCUCGCCUCGCGAGGGCUGCGUUGCCGCGUCUCCUGUCGCCCACACCUUCCCGCCCGUCUUCGUCCAGCUGCCGACAUCGUCAGUACCCCGCCCAGCACCGUGUCGACCAAUGUGUCGCUCACACCCGACAUAGCGGGCUCGCCCAGCACUGGCGGUCCUGCUGUCCUCGCGCGUCCGCUCCCGCCGCGUCCGGCCAGGUCGCUUUCGUCGCAAGCAGUAACUCGACACGGUAUAGCACGUCGCUCGCCAUGGUCACCAAGUACGACCGCCCCGAGUCGCACUUUACGGCGCCUUCCGACUCGGCCCUCUCGCGCGACUUUGACGAGGACACGUCGACUUUCUGCUACGCCUUCUCGCGCCCCCUCGUCAAGUGA